AUGGGCAACGCUCUCCUCAUCCGCUCCGCCUUUGCCCUCUUGGAAGCCCGGCAAGGCGCCGACAGCGAGGAAGAUGCUCCCGAGGCCGGCCAGAAGGAGGUCUUCUCCUCCUGGGCCCUGCUCAUCCUCAUCGUCCUCCUCAUCUCCGCCUUCUUCACCAGCUACAUCCUCAAAUCCAAGCGCAUCCAGGCGGUGCAUGAGACGGUCAUAUCAAUCUUCGCCGGAAUGGUCAUUGGCUUGAUCCUGCGGUUGAUUGGCAUCGAGAGCAUCCUCUCUAGCAUCAGCUUCAACUACCAAUUCUUCUUCAAUCUCCUCCUGCCCCCCAUCAUCCUCGCGGCGGGGUACGAGCUACAUCAGGGCAACUUCUUCCGCAACAUUGGCACGAUCCUCACCUUUGCCUUCGCCGGCACCUUCAUCUCCGCCCUCGUCCUCGGCAUCAUCCUCUACCUCUGGACCCGCAUACCCCUCGAAGGUCUCGAAGUGUCCUUUGUCGAUGCCAUGUCUGUUGGCGCAACUCUCAGCGCCACCGACCCCGUCACCAUUCUUGCCAUCUUCAACACAUACCAAGUUGACCCCAAGUUGUACACCAUCAUCUUUGGAGAGAGCAUCUUGAACGAUGCCAUUGCCAUUGUCUUGUUUGAGACGGCGCAAAAAUACAAGAACACCGUGGGCGCGUCCCUCAAUCCCUUCAGCUUCUUCGAAAGUAUCGGCAUCUUCUUGAUGGUCUUCUUUGGAAGUCUGUUCCUCGGUCUUGCUAUCGGCUUGGGCACGAGCUUAUUGCUGAAAUUCACGCACGUGAGGCGCGAUCCCAAGAUCGAGAGUUGUGUGGUGUUCUUGAUCGCGUAUGCGAGCUACUUCUUCGCCAAUGCCAUUCGCAUGAGCGGCAUUGUGUCACUGCUGUUUUGCGGCAUCUGUCUCAAACACUACGCCUACCACAAUAUGUCGCGGAGGUCACAACUUACCACCAAAUUCACCUUCUCCCUCCUCGCCCAACUCUCCGAAAACUUCAUCUUCAUCUAUCUUGGACUUUCGCUCUUCACCGAGACUACGCUGGAGUACAAGCCACUAUUCAUCCUGGUCACCGUCAUCGGCAUCUGUGUCGCGCGCUGGUGUGCCGUCUUUCCCCUCAGCAAUGCGAUCAACUGGGUCAUCCGGUACCGCGCACGUCGCCGCGGCCUUGAAGUGGCCGAGGAGCUGCCCAUGAACUGGAGGAUCAUGAUCUAUUGGGCGGGAUUGCGAGGAGCCGUUGGUGUGGCUCUUGCUGCUGGAUUGACCGGUCCGAGUGGCUACGCACUCAAAGCUACCGUGUUGGUCGUGGUGGUGCUGACAGUUAUCAUCUUCGGCGGCACCACCUCGCGCAUGCUUGAGAUUCUCCACAUCCGUACCGGUGUCGUGGAGGAGAUUGAUUCGGAUGACGAGUUCGACACCGAACCCAUCCGCGCUGGAGUGUACGCCAAGAAGGACAACACUGGCUUCGGACACACGCCCACUUCCAAUGGAGGGAUAGGAUUAGACUACGUCCGCUCCAACUCAUACAGCACAGGCAGCAUCAGGGGCUCGCGUCCUCGACCGAAGGAUGGCGCAUACAAUGACGCGGGCCUGUUGAAUCCCGACGCCUUUGCCGAAUCGCCUGUGAACAGCGACGACGAGGGCCUCGACCUGCCACCCAACGCAUCCCGACCGGCCAAUCGCCCUGGUUCCGCUGUGCCGUACACGGACCCGGACACCACCGCAACCCGCGCGGAGCCAACAUGGCGCGAAUGGAGCCCUGCCAACUUCAACGCAAGAGGCGCGCUGAACCAGAUCAUUCAAGCGAGCGAAGAUCCGGGCAUGGUGUUCAAGCGGCUGGACGAGCAAUUCUUGAAGCCCCAUCUGCUGCUCGAUCCGAACAGCGGACAAGGUACGCCGAGGCACGGCAAUGGCCAUGCUGGUCCGAGUGGUGGUGGUAGUGGGGAAGUUUGA